AACUGCUCAUUACUUACUUAUAGCUUAUUUCAUUUUCACUUUUUUUUUGUUACUUUUUACUACUGUUCUAUUUACUCUCCUCUCAUCUAUUUUCCAUUUUUAUUCUAUUCUGCUUCAUUUUUCCAUUUCAAAAACACUAGUUAGUUCAAGUUCCGGCGACGUAACUGUCAUCGGAGAUGAUAACAGAAAACUCCGGCAAACACUAUCCUCCCCCACUCGCCUCUCACAACGACGUCGUUAACGAUGCUACUCUCUUCUGGGACACUCUUCGUCGCUUUCACUUUCUCAUGGCUACAAAAUUCAUGAUUCCUGUGAUUGGAGGUAAGGAACUGGAUUUGCACGUUCUCUACGUGGAGGUUACAGCCAGAAGCGGUUAUGAGAAAGUUGUUGCUGAGAAAAAAUGGAGAGAAGUAGGUACUGUGUUUAGAUUCUCGUCUACCACUACGAGUGCUUCUUUUGUGCUUAGAAAACACUAUUUGAAUCUUCUUUACCAUUACGAACAAGUUCAUUUCUUCAAACUUCAAGGUCCUGUUUGCACUCCAUCACCUGAUGUAUUUUCUGGAAACAGUCCUUCUUGGAAACCUGAAUUAGCUAUUGUUCAGUAUUCACCUAAGAUGGUAAACAAUGGUUCUGAAUCUCAUGAAGAAGUGGAUGAAGAUAGUUCCUGUGUUUUGGGAAAAGGAACAAUAGAAGGGAAAUUUGAUUGUGGUUAUAUAGUAUCAGUGAAAUUGGGUUCGGAGGUUCUGAGAGGUGUGCUUUAUCACCCAGAACAAGUGGUUUCUCCUACUCCUUCACAACAUGGCAGUGCCACUGCCAUUGUACCAUUCAAUCACAAACCCUAUGGCUCUGGUAGGAGGAAGAGAAGAAGGAAAAGAAAGUGGGACCCUAACUAUCCAAAGCCAAACAGAAGUGGCUAUAACUUCUUCUUUGCUGAAGAGCAUUACAAACUCAAACAACUCUACCCAAAGAGAGAAAGGGAGUUUACUAAAAUGAUUGGUCAGUCAUGGAAUUGUCUCAGUCCUGAAGAAAGAAUGAUUUACCAAAACAUUGGCUUAAGAGAUAAAGAAAGGUACAAAAGAGAGUUGACAGAGUACAAAGAGAAAAUGAAGGAUAGACAGACAGAAGAAUUUGGAAAUUCAAAAUAAUCGGUUGACUUUUUAAAGUGCAUAUUGUUGUUUGUGGAUAAUGAAAAGAAAUAGUUCCAUGUGUCAGAUCCUUUUGUUUUGUUUAACCUAUCUAUCUAGUAUGUUUCUACUUGGUCCACACAAUGUCUCAAAUUUUAUUUCAACAGGUUUAAGAACUGGUAUUUUAUGCGUAGACAUG